AUGAAAAUAAUCGAUUAUGCUCAUGAGGAUCCCGCAGAAAAUACUUCUGAGGCAUCACUUCCUGAGGAAAUUGAAGUGGAAAAGCCUGGAGAUGAAAGUUUAAAUCUUCAGGAGCCUCAGGAACUUUUGAAAAAGCCUUUGGAGUCAAUGCUUCCUGAAGAAGUUGGAGUGGAAAAGUCUGGAGAUGAAUGUUUAGACCUUCAGAAGUCUCAGGAGAUUUUGAAAAAGGAUUUGGAGUCGACGGUUCCUGAUGAAGUUGAAGUAGAAAGUUCUGGAGAUCAUCGCUCAGAUUCUCAGGCGCAACAGGGGCUUCUAGAAAAACCUUUGAUGUCGUCAAUGGCUGAAGAAGUUCAACUAGAAAAGUCUGAAGAUCAUCAUCUAGACUCUCAAAAGCCUAAACAUCUAGAAAAACAUUUGGAGUCAACACUUCCUAAAGAAUUUGAAUUAAAAAAAUCCGAAGAUCAACCUCUAGAUCUCCAAGCGCCCCAGGAACUUCUGAAAAAAUCUUUGGGGUCAACAAUUUCUGAAGCAGUUCAAAUAGCAAAGUCUGAAGUUCAUCUAGACUCUCACAAGCCUCAGGAACUUCUACAAAAACCUUUCGAGCCUCCACUUCCCGAAGAAGUUCAAAUAAAAAAGUCUGGAGAUCAACUAGACCUCCAAAAGCCCCAGGAUCUUUCAGGAAAACCAUCAGAGACUUUACUUCCUGAAGAAGUUCACCUAAAAAAGUCAGCAGCUCCUCAUCUAGACACUCAGGAAUAUCUACAAAAAUCUCUGGAAUCACCAGUUCUUGAAGAACUUCAACUGAAAAAAUCCGAUGAUCAAGUUUUAGACCUUCAAAAGCCUCAGGAUCUUUUAGAAAAGUCUUUGGAGUCAUCAUCACAAGAACUUGAAGGCCACCACCCCCACGGCCCAAUCACUGAGCCCUUGAAACCCUCUCAUCCCCACUAG